GCCGCUGGUGUCUCUGCACCACCUGGAGCGCCAUGGCCACCUUGACCUACCUGAUUCGACAUCUGGAUUCCAGGGGAACUGCCAGGGUCAGAGGCUGAAGGCACAAGCAUGGAAAUCACCAACUGGUCAGACUCCAGAAGUACAGCUGAUAACAUUAAAGAGACAUUUCUCUAGUGCCUGAAAUGCCCUUCCUAGUGUCCUUCACAUUACAAGGGCUUGGGAACCGUCACAUGAAGGUGAGCACAAGAUUUUUACUCUGGUUCUUUGAUUUUUUUGCUUUAUAGGGAUUAGCAUACAUGUUUCUGGAAAUUAAAAAGUCAGGAGAGUAGAGAUAAGCAUCUGAAUUAGUUUUCUACUGCUGCAUAUUAACAGAUUACAAAAAUAGUGGUUUAAAACAACACACAUUUGCUACCUCACAUUUCUGUAGAUCAGAAGUCUGCAACAAUGUGGGUGGAUUCUCUGCUCAGCUUCUCAUGAGGUUGAAAUCCAGGUAUCAGCUGGCUGCAUAUCAGCUGGCUGCAUUUUCAUCGAACGCUCAGGCUCCUCUUCCACGCUUACCACAGUUAUUGCCAGAAUUCAUUUGCCUGUGGUUAUAGGACUGAGGUCCAUGUUUCUUGUGUUGGCUGUCAGUCAGAGGCCAUUCUCUGCUUCUAGAGGCUAUUUGUAUUUUUUCUCAUGUGGCAUUCUCCAUUGUUAAAUCAGUAACAGUGCAUUGAGUCCUUCUUGUCCUUGACUCUCUCUGAUUUUGUCUUCUCCUACUAGCCAGAGAAAGCUCUGGUAUUUAAGGAGUCAUAUGAUCAGAUGUGGCCGACCCACAUGAUCGCCCCAUUGUAAAGUCAGCUGUGCCUUAGAACAACACAAUCAGAGGACAGUGACUCAUCACGUCAACAAGUUCCAGGGAUUUGGGUAUUUCCUGAGUGUUUUAUCUGGCAGGCACUUGUGGAGGCUCUGGGGAGACGGGGUGGACAAGGCAAAAAGAGCGCCUGUUCUCAUGAAGAAGACCUUCUGGCACAGGAGCCAGACGUUUCACAGAUGUGGGUUCCUGGAAGGUGUGGUAGGUGCUUUGGACAGGGAAGCUGCAGCCAAGGACGUGUGGUGGCUCUGCCACCAUCAAGUGGUGAGGGAGCCUGGGAAAAUCUAAUCUCUUUGGGCUUCACUUUCCUCAUAAGUAAGGUAAGGUUGUUACCAGAUUCUCCAAGUUCCCUUCCUGCUCAGUUUUCUCUGAGUUCAUGAGGGCCUGAGUUGUGUGUUAAAUGUGCACUGGGAACUGUAGCUGGGACCUGGCCUUGGUCUCAUCUCUGUGUGUCUCUUGCAGGAGCCUGAGCUGACCCCACACACAGAAAACACAGAACUUGAGGGAGCAGAUGGAAGAAAGAAAAUCAGCAGGUUGGAGGGUGAAAAGAACCCAAAGAAGGGCCAUGCAUUUGUGGAGCAGGUGGUUGCCAAAGGGGGUGAGAAUAAGGACAAGCUGAGUUCAGAAAAGUUAAGGGAAACCGAGGAAUGUGUACAGCAUCAUCCAGCUCCUCAAGGAGCAGGCUGAGCUGAGCAGUGAGGACUGGGAGAGUAACUUACUCCACAGCGAACCUAUGCACCUGACAAGGAGAUCCAAGGAUGGAUCAGGGUUGGUUUCUACUGAUGAGAAGCAGUAAUUCCAAGAGGUGGAGGAUGCAAACAUGAGGCUCAACCUUGAAGCUGCCCUCAGAGUGGAUGCCCUGCCACUGUAGCCCAACUGGCCCACCCAACCUAGACCUCAGCCAGAUUUCAGCCUCUCAGGAUACAACCAACACCUGGGCUCCAUGUUGGCUCAAAGCAGUCAACACUACCAAGGUCUCCAGAGGAAACUACUGAUAUCAGUAGCUACUGUCUAUGUCUUCGCCAGCUGGAGAAAUACAGAGACUCUCAAGUGUCGUAGGGUGUUCAUCAAGUUCUUCCCAACAGUCCGAAAUUACCAUCCCGAAAAUCAACCAGGAGCUUCAAUCCCAGCUGCCAAAGAGCAAGCAGGACUUCCAUGACCCCAGACAGAAAUUCCUUAUAUCCCAAGCUACUGCCUACAUUCUGGCCAACCAGCUGCAGAAAUUCAGGAAGUCUGACAGGUUCAUGGUCACCAAAGUGAUGAAUGAUCACUCCUUCCCUCUAAGAAACUGUGGAGUGUGCAAAGACAUCAUUGAAUCUGUGUUGAAGGAGAAGCUGCAUUCUAAUGAGGGGAACCUGGCAGAGAAGUCAACCUUAGCUUGGAAGCUCAGAAGUAUCCUAAUUAAAGAUCAGGAGCAACAGCUGACCCUGUUAUGGCAGAAAUUACAGGAAGGGAGAGACAUCUGUCUUAAUCAACACCUCAAGGGCCUCCUCACCCACAAUGACCUUGACAACUACCAGCGGCAGGGCUUCUGAGAGCAACUGGCUAAGGGACACAGGCUGGCAGAGAGCAUUGUCUGCAAGCUCAGCCCAGAAAAUCAUGAAGAUGAGGAGGAUGAACAAGCACAAGAAACACUCACUCCCAGCAUGGAGCUGCAGGAGGUUGAAAAGAAGGAAGUCGUGCAGGACUCACAGGAUGAAUGUGUUUUGCCCUCUUCAGUUUGCCAAGAAGAUUCUGACUGUGACCAGCCUUACAGUGAUGGCAAAUUCACAUUUGCUGAACAGGAAGUCGGCUCUGCUCUGGAUAUAAAGUGUGAAUGUUCCCAUCCUAAAGGGGAUGAAAUUUCAAAUAUUCUCCCAGCAUGGAGCUGCAGAAAUUUAAAAAGAAAAAAGUCCUGCAAGAUUCACAGGAUGAAUAUGUUUUGCCCUCUUCAACUUGCCAAGAAGAGUCUGACUGUGACCAGCCUUACAGUGAUGGCAAAUUCGCAUUUGAUGAAAAGGAAGUCAGCUCUGCUCUAUUUAUUUGCAGAAAACCAAAAUGAUCAUGAGCAGGCGAAAGGACAAGAGCCAGUUGCCCCCAGUCCUCCCUAUACCACCAGGCUCUGCAGGGAGCUGCCACAGAAGGUCGAGCAUGACAUACCAUGGGACCCGCUGGAUGAAUACUAUUUGACUUCUUCAGAUCUUCCUGGCCUGUCCAACUCCUACUGUCCUUAUAGGAAUGCUGCUACCAUCUCAUUUGAGGAACUGGCAGUCUAUUCUGCUCUAGAUAUAACUUGUGAGUACUCUAUUGUCAAUGUGAUGAUGCUGACUGGAUUCCGAGGUAGCCCUGACUCUGUGUUUACUAAUCCCUCUUGUUUAAUCAUCAGUCUUCCCAACUCCACAAGGCUCAGCAGGGAGUUGCCAUUGGUAGAAGAGAAUGAAGUCCCACAGGACUCACUGGAUGAAUGCUAUUUGACUCGUUCAAUUGGCCAUGACCUGUCAGCCUCCUGUAGGCUGUACAGAAGGGUCUCAUUAUUAUUCGAUGAACAGGCAGUCUUCUCAGCUUUGGAUGUACACAAGCUGUAUUUGGAUGCUUACUUUGGAAUGAACAACCCUCCCAAGCUAGAGGGUGAUGCUCUUGAAGGCUCAGCUUCCAGCAAGCAUGGAUGUCAAGUCAUUGGCCACAUUAAUGCCUUAAGUGCCCUGAAAUAGAGGAUUAUCAAAAGAAAACUGCAGCUCAGCAAGUGGAGACUAGCAUGCAGAUUCCCUGGCCUUCAAGCUUAGGGUCCAGAGAUACCAAGUACUUCUGGAAUUAAGAAAAAAUAUUACUGAUUUGAAAGAAACUGCCUCAUAAAAAAUAGCUUCUCCACUUGAUGAAAAAAAUCUAAAACAGCAAAUCAAGUGAAAGCCCAAGCGGACCACUGGAGGGAUCCUUUACAGAGAGUCAACAUCACAACCACAAACAAUUCUCCACAAUUUUUACUCCAAAAAACAGGUGUGAUGGGAGAAAUCCCAGCCCUUCAGCCUCCAAUUGUGCUAUAUCGCUAAGGGGACAAAAGCCUAGAUCCACACAGUUUUGAGAGUCCAUCACCAAAAUCAGGAGCAACUGGAAAAAGACAACAUGAGAAACUGAACGUUCUUUGCCACCAGCAGGGCUGUGCUAGGAGCAGACAGCCGUAACUGUGCAGUGGUCUUGUUGAGAAUGUUUAGUCUGAAUUUAAUCGUGAGGUCAUUAUCAGACAACGGCAGAAUUUAGACCGCUGAACAAGUCAACUGGCCUGUCUUUCUUCAAACAGUCAAUGUUACCACAAGUAAGACGACAAAAAGGAGAAGAGAUAUGUUGGGAUCCAAAGGACUGAAAAGAUUAUGUUACUAUGUUUCUUUAGUCCUUUUGAGCCGAAGACGUUCCUCACCUUUUUGUGAUUGCCUGCGGUGGUGGUGACAUUGCCUUGUUUGUAGAGGACAGGUCAGUCGUCUGGCUCAAUGGUCUACAUUCUCAAGUUGUCUGACCAUUUCCUCAUGAUUAAAUUCAGGCUCACACUUUUGCCGAGAACACUUCACAGUUAACGCUGUGUGCUUCCUAGCGCAGCCCACCCGGAGACCAGAAUGACCAGUUUAUCCACCACCAUUACUGUGAGAACAUUGGUCACUUUGUUAUGGAGGGGCCUAGGAGAUCUGUCCAUUGUAAAGACACAUUUUUUUCUUUCUAUAAUCAGUAAUUUGGGGAAAGGUACUUUGAGAGUGUGUGAAUAUCCUCUUCUCUAAAGAUCUUUUUCUAAAACUUUUACCAUCCAUUCAUGAUCCCUGCUGUGUGUCGAUUGUCAUAUUGGUGUUUGCACAUUGGAGAUCUUCCAAUUUUAUCAUUCCUAUAUACAUGUAUUUGCUGGCCUUGUGCUGUGGAAAAGAACAUUCCCUCCCCCUUCCGUAUCAUUAACAUUUUUGUUUUGACUAUCAAUGUGGAAUCAUGGAUUUUUUACAUUCAAAACUAUAAUCCAUUAUAAUCAUGAUAUAUUUUGGUGGAUAUGGCUAAAAAUCAAUAUAAAUAUUCUUGUUUCUCCUGUUCAUAUUUAUAUGCUAAAGUUUCCUAUGUAAAUAAAAUUUCCUCCGUCAUCUCUUGUUUGGUGGAGCCCAUCCUGAAAAGACUUCUUGUGAUGGAGUCAGGACUCCCUGAGUGUUGAGUAUUUAAUACUCUUGUUCUACUGCCUUGAUGCAUGGACAGCUUGGCGGAAUAUAAAGUACUUGCCCACAAUGGAUUUUAUUGAAUUUUGAUAAAAUAU